GUCUUUUUUACUUGCCGUAGUGUGACGUACUUCCUGAGAGACUACUAGGAGAAAGGCAAUGGGUCAAAGUCAGAGUGGUGGACAUGGCCCAGGCGGUGGGAAGAAAGAUGACAAAGAUAAGAAAAAGAAAUACGAACCUCCAAUUCCAACCAGAGUAGGGAAAAGGAAGAAAAAAUCAAAGGGACCUGAUGCUGCAAGCAAGUUGCCUUUAGUAACACCUCACACUCAGUGUAGGCUGAAGAUUCUGAAGCUGGAAAGAAUUAAAGAUUACCUUCUGAUGGAAGAAGAAUUCAUACGAAACCAAGAACAGAUGAAGCCUUUGGAAGAGAAGCAAGAGGAGGAGAGGUCAAAGGUUGAUGACCUGAGAGGAACACCAAUGUCCGUGGGGACGCUCGAGGAGAUUAUAGAUGACAACCACGCCAUCGUCUCCACCUCCGUGGGCUCGGAGCACUAUGUCAGCAUCCUGUCGUUUGUGGACAAGGAUCUCCUGGAGCCCGGCUGCUCUGUGUUACUCAACCACAAGGUCCAUGCAGUCAUCGGUGUUCUGAUGGACGAUACAGACCCACUGGUCACCGUCAUGAAGGUGGAGAAGGCUCCACAGGAGACAUAUGCGGACAUUGGAGGACUCGACAACCAGAUCCAGGAGAUCAAGGAAUCAGUGGAGCUCCCUCUCACCCACCCAGAGUACUAUGAAGAAAUGGGCAUCAAGCCUCCAAAAGGGGUCAUUCUGUACGGACCACCUGGAACAGGGAAAACCCUGCUGGCUAAGGCGGUGGCAAACCAGACUUCUGCGACGUUUCUGCGUGUGGUGGGGUCAGAGCUCAUCCAGAAGUACCUGGGGGACGGUCCCAAACUGGUCCGGGAGCUCUUCAGAGUGGCAGAGGAACACGCGCCCUCCAUUGUGUUCAUUGAUGAAAUUGAUGCCAUCGGAACAAAAAGGUAUGAGUCAAACUCUGGUGGUGAACGAGAGAUUCAGAGGACCAUGCUCGAGCUCCUCAACCAGCUGGAUGGCUUUGACUCGCGGGGGGAUGUCAAAGUCGUCAUGGCCACCAACAGGAUAGAGACCCUGGACCCUGCCCUCAUCCGACCAGGAAGAAUUGAUCGUAAGAUCGAGUUCCCACUUCCGGAUGAGAAGACCAAGAGGAGGAUCUUUCAGAUCCACACCAGCAGGAUGACGGUGGCGACAGACGUGACGCUGGACGACCUCAUUCUGGCCAAAGACGACCUCUCCGGCGCAGAUAUCAAGGCGAUCUGCACAGAGGCUGGGCUCAUGGCACUUCGAGAGCGCAGGAUGAAGGUCACAAACGAAGACUUCAAGAAGUCAAAAGAGAACGUUCUGUACAAGAAACAGGAGGGGACCCCAGAGGGACUGUACCUGUAAUGUAUUUUACCCUCCCCAUUCCGCACCUGUUAUUGCUUUUCCCUCGGACCGGUGGACUCGCCACCGUUUCCCUGUAAGUCUUUCGAUAAGCUGUCGUAGAUUGUAUUGUCUAUGUCAACUGAUCUGGCAAUAAAAAUGUUGAAUUUCCAGAAGAAAA